AUCGCAUUCGACACGCUUCUUUCUUAGAACUAUCUCAUUUUUAACCAAGUAACCGAAAAUUUCGCUUAUAACUUUUACAUUCGAUCCGCUUUUUUUUCUUUGUGCUGAAGAAAUCCUGACGGAUGGAGUCGCUCACAUUCCCGACAUUCUCCGUUCAAGACAAUUGGAUACUCCCGAAAAUACAUCGUCUGAAUAUUUAUAUUUGAAAAAGAAGAACAAGAAAAAAUUGGCUGCAAAAGUCUAUACACUCGAUGGUCGAGAUAUCUCAACAUAUUACAAGAGUUAUGGCUGGUGGAUGUGUGUGUAACCCCCUGGAGCAGAGGUCGAUAAAUCCUCCGACCAGUAUAAAAACAAGGCUUGAUUCUUUUUUAAAAUAAGGAAAAAAGAGGCGUAUUGAGUAUCUCAACAUUUUGUAGACAUCUGCGAAAGAAGAGUGCUGGUGGAGGGGUGGAGGAAAUAUAUAUGCAGAUUGGCAUCGCAAAAGCUGUACGAAAAAAGAAAAACGACAACGCCCCCCUGUAAUGCGGUACACGCACGAACGCGCUAUAUUACCGGAGAUUAGAAAAUACGCAGAAAAUGUUUUUUUUAUUCUUCUUGUUCACAACGAUCCACACGGCGACCGCGCCCAUUUCGCAGAGCUCUGAAUAGUCGAAUUUCCCCCUGCCAUUGAUUGAAUGCCCAGAGACAAUCGUCCCAAUCUAAAGAAGAACACGAAACUUGAACAAUCGAAUCAAGAAACAAAACUUGAAAAAAUUCCCCCACUAAACAAAAUUUGAAAAUAGAAGAAGAAGAAGAAACAAAAAAACUAUCUAAAUUUAGAUGUAUUUAUUGAGGUAUGGAGCGUUGGGAGCCGAUGACCGAAAUUAGACGGCGGGCGCUGCAGUUUGUUAUAUAAGGGAGAAAAAAAGAGGGGGGGGGUUGGGUGAAGGAAGGAGUGAGAGAUGAAGAAACACGCAAAGAGAGAAGCCCUAGUCAUGGGAGGGAUUGAAUACACAUGACGAGCCGCUGCUGUUGGUCCCGAAGGCUCAGUGAGGCGCCAGCAGCUCGCACAUCAUCAUCAUCAUCUGCCACCAACGUGUUCUCUCUGCUCUUUUGUCAAAAAACGUGUCGAAAAAGUCGUGCGGGAAAAAAACAGCAUUUGCAUUUUGUUUUUCUCUUUCAACGUGUUUCGAGUGGCGUCAUCUUUCAUGCCUCGUCAUUCUUCAUCGACAAUCGACUGAAGACUUUUCUUCUUCUUCUUCAAAAAUUCAACGCAAAAUGUUUCGUGCGCAAUUUCUCGUCCUCUUCAUCCUCUACGCGACGAAAGGCGUUUGGAUGAUGGCGGCAAGCGGUGGCGGCGGUGGUGGACGCAUCACGCCCGAUCGACUGGGUUGCCUGGACGGCAUCGUCCAGGAGCAGCAGCCCAUCAACCGCGUCAAUACGACGCUGCGGCUGCAGCAGCUGCGGGUCGCCAUGUCGGCCACCAAAUUGGUCAGAGGAGCCCCGCUCAAGGCCUACAUCAUCACCAGUGACGACGAGCAUCAGACUGAAAUGGUUUCCCCGAGCGACAGGAGACGCCAGUACGUGACGGGUUUCACGGGAAGCGCCGGAACGGCGGUCGUGACGCUCAACUCGGCCGCUCUCUGGGUGGACGGCCGCUAUCACCUGCAGGCCGACCAGCAACUCGACUGCCAAUGGAUCAUCAUGAAAUCCGGUCAGGAACAAGUGCCCAGCAUCAGCGAGUGGCUCAAAUCGGUUCUCUCUUCCGGCGACCGUGUCGGAGCCGAUCCCAAAUUAGUCAGCGCCGACCAGUGGCUUGAAUGGCGCUCUGAACUCGCCGAAAGCGGAAUCAAACUGGAUGCGAUUCAGGCCAAUUUGGUCGACUCGAUUUGGAACGAGGACAACGGAAGACCCAAACCCAAUCCUCGUCCCGCCUUUAUUCACGACAUUGUUCACGCAGGCCAGUCGUGGCAGGAGAAGGUGGGCGUGGUGCGAAACGAGUUGAAGGAGCUCGGCCUUGACGGAAUUGUCGUGACGGCCCUGGACGAAAUCGCUUGGCUGCUGAAUCUGCGCGGGGCCGACGUGCCGUACAGUCCGCUGGUCAAGAGCUACGCCUACGUGUCCCUGCAUCAAGUCGUCCUCUUCGUCGAGCCGCUCAAAUUGAAAGUGGCGCCCAUCAGGGAGCACCUGGACAGCGAUCGCUGUCCCCGGGAGCAGUCCGUUGACCUUUGCGUCGAGAUAAGGAGAUACGAGAAUGUAUUUACCGAUCUGCCUCGUUUAACGGCCAAAGCCAAUUCGAUCCUUCUUCCGUCCAGAUACGCCUACAGCGGCGGAGUCAGUUUCGCCAUCUACGAAACAAUUCCGGCGGACAAGAGACGGACGUCACCUUCGCCACUGAUUUUAUUGAAAGCGACGAAGAAUGCAGUUGAAGUGGAAGGAAUGAGAAACGCCCACCUGAAAGACGCCGUGGCCCUUUGUGAUUUUAUUUCGCUGCUCCAAGAACAGGUGCAAGAGGGCAAGGAGCAAUGGGACGAGUUGAAAGUGGUGCACACCUUGGACGAGUAUCGCGCCCAGCAGGACUUGAAUCGAGGGCCCAGUUUCAGUACGAUCGCCGCAUUUGGACCCAACGGCGCCGUCAUCCAUUACAGGCCGUCGGUGGAAACCAAUCGGGUCAUUGACAAUUCCUCGUUUUUGCUCAUCGACUCUGGUGGCCAAUAUCUCGAUGGAACGACGGAUGUGACUCGAACGUUCCAUUUUGGACGAGCCACGCAACUCCAAAAGGAAAUUUACACUCGAGUCUUGAUGGGAGCCAUUGAUCUGGCCACACUGGUUUUUCCGGACUCGAUUGAUGACACCCGGAUCGAUGUUAUAGCUCGUCAACACCUUUACAGCGCUGGACUGGACUACCUUCACGGAACCGGCCACGGAAUCGGCUCUUUCCUCAACGUUCACGAAAGUCCCAUUCAGAUCAGAAUUUACGGUAAAGUCGGUCAUCAUUUCGAAGAAAAUUACUUUUUCUCCGACGAGCCUGGAUUUUACCAGGAAAACGAAUACGGCAUCCGCUUGGAAUCCAUUCUGCGAGUCAUCCGUAAAACAUUCGAGCAUGAGCGAGACAGCCGUUAUUUGGGGUUCGAGGUGGUUUCCUUGGUGCCCUUCGAUCCGUACUUGAUCGUUCCUGAAUUAAUGACACAUAAACAGCUUCACUGGUUGAACCACUACCAGGCCAUGGUGAGGAUAAAAGUAGGAGAGGAAUUGAAACGUCAAAACAGAAUGCGAGCGUUUUACUGGCUCAUGUCCAAAACGCGUCACAUCACCGAACCGUGUCACCGGAGUCGCAGCGGAGCCACAGGAUCCAUCAUCAGCACCUCGUCGUUAACUUUUCAAUUCAUUGCGACCGUUUUAGUUUCCGUCCAGCUGCUGGCCGUCGCCCCAUUGAUGAGUUAACGUGCACAACCUUUUUUGCCACUGAAUCAGCUGAGUUCAACAAAUUUGUUUUGCAAGAUGAAAUGAAUUCAAAACUACGCCAUGCAUAAUCUCGCAUUUCCCUGACCGACCGGAUCUUUUCUUUUUUU